AUGCUCGGCAGAACGCCCACCGGACAGAGCAGCAUGAACGACAGGCUGGCGGCGCCCCUCAGCGCCAACGCUGGCAUGUGGGCUGGCAGCGAGGCUGCCGUUGUUCACCUCCAGAUUCAAGAGCUCGCGAAGAAGCGCAUGGCGACUCUGGAGUACCUGCGUAAAGCACACGAAUCGCGUCUUUACUGGUUCAACACUGUCGUCUUCGAACGAAGCGACCUGCAACGAUUCCCGUACUUCGAUCCUCGAAAACUCGCGCGACGCGCCACGAACUAUCUCCUUCUCGGCUUGUCGCUACCCACAGUCGCAGACCUCAACUCGAACACACCACUCGACUUUCUCCGCAGUCUCAACGUCCUUCUUCAAGAGUUCGAGUCCUUUCAACAAUUGCACGGUGAGGCCGGUUCGUCGACAAGCUCGCUGUCACGCGCCCGGCUGCCGCAGAUGUUUCGCCGGGGUCCCGUUGGCAAGUCGAGACGCAGCAAUAGCGGCGCCAACGACAUUGGCGUGCCCAUGGAUGACGCCAUGAGCGGAGGAAUCGGUGGCACGCAAAACGCAAACGUCGUCAACUUUGCGCAUAGCGAAACAGACCUCUUGCCCGGCGAAGAGUACACGCUUCUUCUUACGCCAGCGCUGCCUUUUGAGCCCGAUUACUUUGAGACGUUCGCGACGCUGUGCGACGUGCUUAUUGACACAUACACAAAAUUACUCAGCCUGAUGCCCACCCCUGCGGUCGCGACAGCGCCAGUGGGCGAGCUAUUCGCCAAGGUCGAUGGUAGGGUGCGCAAGAUCAUCGUCCAGGGUGCAGUAAAGGAGUUCGAGGACCAGAGCAGGGCUCACGCCAAAACAGAGAUGGCGAACAUCAGUAAAGUGGUGCUGGGAGGAUUGAUGUAA